AAAAAAAUGUCAACUGCAUCACAACCCAGACCUAUGGAAGCUCAGUAUCAAGCUGAGUUCUACAGGGGAUUUGUCCAUACAGCAGGGCGAGGUGUACCGAUAUCCACUGAAUGGUCAAGAACCAGGGAUGGUCGAGUGGAUUUCUAUAUCCCAGAAAAGAAAUGGGCGAUUGAAUUGUUGAGAGAUCAUAUUGAAGUCAGUGAACAUAUCUCUCGAUUCAAGGACGGUGGAAAAUAUCAUCCCUGGCUGAAAGAGAAAAUGGUCAAGGAUUGGAUCAUAAUCGACUGUGCGACUUCUUCACCAACCAAAGAUUUCUCCGAACCUAAGCUGUGGCAUGCUGUGUUCGCCAAUGAUUAUUCUAAAUUGCAGUUGUAUAACCAUCAGCAAGCUCUUACGAUGUCUGUGCAUCUAAAGAAUUGACAAGAAGCAGGGAUGAUAUGGCUAUUACACUGAUUACUUGCGUCUGUCUUUCAUUGUGGUAUCUUUGUUAGCUAUAGCCAACCUCUCGACUACCAAGCAAUCAGAUGAAUUCACCUGGUUUCCUUUGUCUCACCCCUGUGGCUUCUUCUCUUUCCUCUUCAGGGCCGAUAUUCUCGUCUUAUGGCUACCUAGUUUAGAUUAAUAAUACUAUCUCGUUUUAUCUACUAGACCGAGCCCGUGACAA